CUCGCCGCCGGGGGUGAGGAGGCGGCGGCCACGACCUCCGUUCCAGGGUCUCCGGGUCUGCCCGGGAGCCGCAGUGCAGAGCGGGCCCUAGAGGAGGCCGUGGCCACCGGGACCCUGAACCUGUCUAACCGGCGUUUGAAGCACUUCCCCCGGGGCGCGGCCCGCAGCUACGACCUGUCAGACAUCACCCAGGCUGACCUGUCCCGGAACCGGUUCCCCGAGGUGCCAGAGGCAGCGUGCCAGCUGGUGUCCCUGGAGGGUCUGAGCCUCUACCACAAUUGUCUGAGAUGUCUGAACCCAGCCUUGGGGAAUCUCACAGCUCUCACCUACCUCAACCUCAGCCGAAACCAGCUGUCAUCGCUGCCGCCCUACAUCUGCCAGCUGCCCCUGCGAGUACUCAUUGUCAGCAACAACAAACUGGGGGCCCUACCUCCCGACAUCAGCGCCCUGGGAAGCCUGCGGCAGCUCGAUGUGAGCAGCAAUGAGUUGCCAUCUCUCCCAGCGGAGCUGUGUGGCCUUCCUUCCCUGCGGGAUCUCAAUGUUCGGAGGAACCAGCUCAGUGCCCUGCCUGAUGAGCUGGGAGACCUUCCUCUUGUCCGCCUGGAUUUCUCCUGUAACCGUGUCUCCCGCAUCCCGGUCUCCUUCUGCCGCCUCAGGCACCUGCAGGUCAUUUUGCUGGACAGCAACCCCCUGCAAAGCCCACCUGCCCAGGUCUGCCUGAAGGGGAAACUUCACAUCUUCAAGUAUUUGUCAACAGAGGCUGGGCGGCACGGGGGGUCUGCACUGGGGGACCUGGCCCCUUCCCGCCCCCCGAGUUUCAGCCCCUGCCCUGCUGAGGACUUGUUUCCGGGACGUCGGUAUGACGGAGGGCUGGACUCGGGCUUCCACAGCGUUGACAGUGGCAGCAAGAGGUGGUCUGGAAAUGAGUCAACGGAUGAAUUUUCCGAGUUGUCGUUCCGGAUCUCAGAGCUGGCUCGGGAGCCUCGGGGACCCAGGGAGCGGAGGGAGGAUGGCUCCGCUGACGGAGACCCUGAGCAGGUUGACUUCAUCGACAGCCACGUCCCUGGGGAGGACGAGGAGCGAGGUGCUGGCGAGGAGCAGCAGCCACCAGAAUCGAGCCCUGUGGCAGGGGAUGGGGAGAGGGCACCGAGCAGCAGGCGGGAGGAGCCGGCAGGGGAGGAGAGGCGGCGCCCAGACACCUUGCAGCUGUGGCAGGAGCGCGAGCGGCGGCAGCAGCAGCAGCAGAGUGGAGCAUGGGGUUCCCCAAGGAAGGACAGUUUUCCGAAGCUGGGGGUCAGGGCUCCUGGCGGGGGUGCUGCCGCCUCAUCCGCUCAGGCCACCUACAACGGCACACCCAAGUCCAAUGCCACCCAGCUGGGAGCUUCGGGGGGGCAGGGUGCUCCCACCCCCGCCUCCACCUCCCAGGAGCCCCUUCCUACAGCGGGACCAGCGACCGCACCUGCUCCCCGGCCGCUCAGCUCCAUUCAGAGACCAAACAGCUUCCUCUUCCGUUCUUCCUCUCAGAGCAGCUCAGGCCCUUCCUCACCGGACUCUGUCUUGAGACCUCGGCGAUCCCCCCAGCUUUUGGAGGAAAAGGAGGUGAUGGCUCAGCUGCGCCAGGUGCUUGAGUCCCGGCUGCAGCGGCCCCUACCCGAGGACCUGGCAGAGGCUCUAGCCAAUGGGGUCAUCCUCUGUCAGCUGGCCAACCAGCUGCGGCCCCGCUCCGUGCCCUUCAUUCACGUGCCCUCACCUGCUGUGCCAAAACUCAGUGCCCUCAAGUCUCGGAAGAAUGUGGAGAGUUUCUUAGAAGCUUGUCGAAAAAUGGGGGUGCCUGAGGAGUCCCUGUGCCAGCCCCACCACAUCCUGGAAGAGGAGGGGGCCCCGGGAAGGGGCCUCCCCUACAUCGCUGCUGUCAUCCAUGCACUGCUGGAACGGCCUUAGGGGUUGAGGUCGGGGUGCAGGGGCCCGACCCGGCGGGAACCCCAGGAACAGAGAAGACAGCCACACCUGGGCUCUGCUCUCUAGCGAGGACUGGUGAGGGCGGCCUCGGGCCUGGCCCUGUGCCUCGGGCACCUGUCUGCCCGGGAGCUUGGAAGCAGGCUGGCCCAGCAAGGCGCGAGGCCGCCUCUGGGCGUGGUCGAGGGUCUGGGAUGGAAGCCUGGGGGCUGGGUGUCGUGUCACAUGCAAUAAACGGAAGCCAGAAGCCCUCUAGGUUGCCCCUCA